GAGGAGCGCCUGGACCCGGGACCACGGUGCGCCCGCGCUUCCCCACAGCGGUCCCCGAACGCGCGCGCCCGGAAGAAGAGGCCAAAGUUUGCGCACAGAGCCGCGCUCGCUCCGCCGUAUUGUUUGCAAACUUCGCUCCCCUCCCCCGCCGCCCCCGACUCGGCCGAGGCCGCGCGCUCACCGCAGGGGCCCCGGGCGCCGCGAGCGCUCGGGCCAGACUGGACGGGCAUGCGCGGGGGCCCGAGCCGGGGCGCGGAGCCACGGGCAGCAGCAGCAGCCCGUGCCCGGGAGCGACGGCCCUGAGCGGCGCGGGGACACCGCGGGCGCCACCAUGCAGCACCCGGGCCCGCGCCUGUGGCUGGUGCUGCAGGUGAUGAUGGGCUCGUGCGCAGCCAUCAGCUCCAUGGACUUGGAGCGCCCUGGAGACGGCAAGUGUCAGCCGGUGGAGAUUCCCAUGUGUAAGGACAUCGGCUACAACACCACCCGCAUGCCCAACCUGAUGGGCCACGAGAACCAGCGUGAGGCGGCUAUUCAACUGCACGAGUUUGCGCCGCUCGUGGAGUACGGCUGCCACAGCCACCUCCGCUUCUUCCUGUGCUCACUGUAUGCGCCCAUGUGUACUGAGCAGGUCUCCACGCCCAUCCCCGCUUGCCGGGUCAUGUGUGAGCAGGCCCGGCUCAAGUGCUCACCGAUCAUGGAGCAGUUCAAAUUCAAGUGGCCGGACUCCCUGGACUGCAGUAAGCUCCCCAACAAGAAUGACCCCAACUACCUGUGCAUGGAGGCACCCAACAACGGCUCAGACGAGCCCAGCCGGGGCUCUGGCAUGUUCCCUCCACUCUUCAGGCCCCAGAGGCCACACAGCGCGCAAGAACACCCGCUAAAGGACGGGGGUCCCGGGCGCGCAGGCUGUGACAACCCGGGCAAGUUCCACCACGUGGAGAAAAGCGAGUCCUGCGCGCCUCUGUGCACUCCGGGGGUGGAUGUGUACUGGAGCCGCGAAGACAAGCGCUUUGCUGUGAUCUGGCUGGCCAUCUGGUCGGUGCUGUGCUUCUUCUCCAGCGCCUUUACCGUGCUCACCUUCCUCAUUGACCCAUCGCGCUUCAAGUACCCCGAACGUCCCAUCAUCUUCCUCUCCAUGUGCUACUGCGUCUAUUCGGUGGGUUAUAUCAUUCGACUCUUUGCUGGCGCUGAGAGCAUCGCCUGCGACAGGGACAGUGGACAACUGUAUGUUAUCCAGGAAGGUCUGGAGAGCACUGGCUGUACCUUAGUCUUCUUGGUACUUUACUACUUCGGCAUGGCCAGCUCCUUAUGGUGGGUGGUUCUCACCCUCACUUGGUUCCUGGCAGCCGGCAAGAAGUGGGGCCACGAGGCCAUUGAAGCCAACAGCAGCUACUUCCACCUGGCAGCCUGGGCCAUCCCGGCUGUGAAGACCAUCUUGAUCCUGGUGAUGCGCCGGGUGGCAGGGGAUGAGCUCACUGGUGUGUGUUAUGUGGGCAGCAUGGAUGUCAAUGCUCUGACUGGCUUCGUGCUGGUCCCGCUGGCUUGUUACCUGGUCAUCGGCACUUCCUUCAUCCUGUCCGGCUUUGUGGCUUUAUUCCAUAUCCGGAGGGUGAUGAAAACAGGUGGGGAGAACACAGACAAGCUGGAGAAGCUCAUGGUACGCAUCGGGGUCUUUUCCCUUCUUUACACUGUGCCGGCCACCUGUGUGAUUGCCUGCUACUUCUAUGAACGUCUGAACAUGGACUACUGGAAGAUGCUGGCCACCCAGCACAAGUGUAAGAUGAACAAUCAAACCAAGACACCUGAUUGUCUGAUGACCGCCUCCAUCCCUGCCGUGGAGGUCUUCAUGGUCAAAGUGUCCAUGCUCCUGGUGGUAGGCAUCACCAGUGGGGUGUGGGUCUGGACUUCCAAGACCCUGCAGUCCUGGCAACAUGUGUGCAGCCGGGGGCUAAAGAGAAAGAGCCGGAGGAAACCAGCCAGUGUGGUCACUAGUGCCGGGAUCUACAAAAAAGCACAGCACCCUCAAAAAACUCACCUUGGGAAGUAUGAGCUUCCUGUCCAGCCUUCAGCCUGCGUGUAAAGGCCGCUGGUUGGGAGAACAGGACAAAGCCCAAUCGGGCUGCUCUUCUUGGCUGGGUGGCUGUU